CCCCAUGUGACCUUGCGAGGAGACUCCGGCGCCUGCCUGCCUGCCUGCCUGCUCGCCAAGACGCCAAGUGAAGGUGGGCCGGUCCCGCCUUGGCAGUUUUGGCCCUUUGUCGCUGCCGUAGUGCUACUGCUGCUACUGCCGCCGCCCCGGCUUUGCUGUUGGCUGCCCGAGCAAGAGCCGGCUUCGGGGCUUCAUGGAGCGGAGUUCGGCAGCGGUGGGUGCCGUUAGGCGCCUCCGUACCCAGGCUCCGCAGCCUCAGCAUCACCAUCCCCGCCAAAACCAGCAGCAGCCGUGGCGCCCAGGGGAGAAGGAGGAAGACGGACGGGACUGGAAGAAGCCGGGAGGGGAGGGAGGAGGGAGGCGGCGGCGGCGGCUGGCGCUGCUGCCGGAAUCGCGCACGGCGCUCGUGCUGCUGCUUUAUUUCCUCGGGCUGCGAGGGCUCGUGCACAUGUCCUUCCAGCGGCUUGUGCAGCCGGCGCGCGACGCUAAGGAGUUCAAUGCCCCUCGCGCCAGGACAUAUCUAGAAAAUAUUACUGCAAUUGGGCCCAGAGCUGUUGGAAGUCCAGAAAAUGAAAUCUUCACAGUCAACUACCUCUUGGAACAAGUGAAAGCUAUUGAAAUUGAAAGUAGUCACGUGCACACAAUUUCUGUAGAUAUACAGAGGCCAACAGGAACUUUCAGUAUUGAUUUUCUUGGAGGCUUCACCAGUUACUAUGAUAAUAUUACUAAUGUUGUUGUUAAACUGGAACCCAGAACUGGAGCUGAGCAUGCAGUGCUGUCCAACUGUCACUUUGACUCUGUACCAAAUACUGUAGGUGCCAGUGAUGAUGCUGUUAGCUGUUCUGUGAUGCUUGAGAUAUUGCACACUCUUUCAAAGUCCCCUGAACCCUUGCAGCAUGCUGUUAUAUUCCUGUUUAAUGGUGCAGAAGAAAGUAUCUUGCAGGCUAGUCAUGGCUUCAUUACACAGCACCAUUGGGCUAAAUCAGUCAGAGCAUUUAUUAAUCUGGAGGCUGCUGGCGUAGGAGGGAAAGAGCUUGUGUUUCAAACAGGACCUGAAAACCCCUGGCUGGUACAAGCAUAUAUAUCUGCUGCAAAGCACCCUUUUGGUUGUGUUGUGGCUCAAGAAGUGUUUCAGAGUGGUAUUAUCCCUGCAGAAACAGAUUUCCGUAUUUACAGGGACUUUGGCAACAUUCCAGGGAUAGAUCUGGCUUUCAUUGAAAAUGGUUACAUCUACCAUACGAAGUAUGACACAGCUGACCGAAUUCUGACAGAUUCUAUUCAGAGGGCAGGUGAUAAUAUUCUGGGUAUGCUAAGAUACUUAGCAAAGUCAGACAAACUGGCCAAAUCUCAUGAAUAUCGACAUGGAAAUGUUGUCUUCUUUGAUGUGUUUGGUAUGUUCGUUGUGGCCUACCCAGCUCGUGUUGGCUCCAUUAUGAACUAUAUCAUUAUAGCAGUUGCCAUUCUUUAUCUAGGAAAAAAAACAUUGCAGCCCAGAAAAAGAGUUAGUUAUCUGAAGGUGCUUGCAGUUGCCUUUGGCUUCACAGUCCUUAGUUGGAUUGCCACCUUGGUUGGAAUCCUUAUUGUAGCAGUGUUUAUUUCUCUCAUUGGACACUCGCUUUCUUGGUAUUCCCACUUCUAUGUCUCAGUUUUUCUGUAUGGAACUGCAGCUUUGGCUAAACUAAUUCUUCUACAUACAUUAGCCAAGACAUUCUACUUUAAAAAUACAAAUGAACAGUUCCUUGGAGAGAUCUUUUUUGAUAUUCCAUUGGUUUUUUGGUCAAUUACACUAGCUUUACUUACUUACCUAGGACUUUCCUCAGCAUUUGUCAGUGCAAUAUGGGUAGUGUUUCCUCUACUCACAAAAUUAAUGACAUAUAAGGAAUUCAAAGAAAAAGGUGCCACAAUGAAAUUUGUUGCAGUUUACUUCCUGGGGAUGUUUAUUCCGCACCUCUAUUUAAUAUACCUCAACUGGAUUAUAUUUGAAAUGUUCGUUCCCAUCAUGGGACGCAGUGGUUCAGAAAUUCCACCUGAUAUAAUAUUGGCUGCUUUUUUUGUUAUAGUGUCUAUACUUCUGUCUUCCUACUUUCUUAAUUUUAUCUACCUUGCCAAAAGCACAAAGAUGACAAUAAUAACAUUAACAACCAUUUUUGCAGUUACGCUCAUCCUUGUUUGCAGUGGAAUCUUCUUCCCUUACAGUUCAGAUUCUGCAAACCCAAGGCCUAAGCGAAUCUUUCUUCAGCACAUGAGUCGAAGAUUUCAUAGCCUGGAUGGACACUUGGCAAAAAGUGAUUCUGGGAUAUGGAUUAAUGGGCUUGAUUAUGGUGGAAUGUCUCAUGUCACUCCACAUAUACCUGAACUCAAUGACUCUGUUAGAACAAAAUGUGAGGAAGAAUCGCCUCUCUGUGGCUUACCUUGGAUCCUUCCAGUUGACUAUUUAUUCAGAAAGAAUUGGUAUCUUCCUGCUCCAGUUAUUACUCCCAAGGAACCUGUUCGCUUUCAGCUUCUUUCCAAAGAGCAAAUGCCCUGGGAUUCUACAAAGUUAACCUUUCAAAUAGCAGGUCCAAGUUACAUGUCGGUAUAUCUGCGACCACAUCAAGGAUCAACACUGUCCAGGUGGUCUCUUGGAGAUGGAACACCUGUUGCUAAUAACGUAGGCGGAGAUUAUUUUGUAUAUUAUUCACAUGGACUCCAGGCCUUGCCGUGGCAUUUCUGGGUAGAGUUGAAGGCCUCUGAUAAGCCCACGAAAGGAAUGGUCACCCUUGCUGUAGUUACCCAUUAUUUCUUUGGGGAAGAUCAGAUGUCACCUCAAUUGCAUGCCUUAAUGGAAAGAUUUCCCAACUGGACGUUUCCCACAAGUUGGGUCUCCACCUAUGAUCAAUUUAUCUUUUAAUCCAAAAAUAACACAAAGGUCAAUUAUUGUUUCUACAUUGUUGGAUGCAACUUUCAUUCAAUGGAAGUUUGGGCAAGUUGGAAGAAAGAGUAGUAUUGACAAAAAUACUAUGAAAAAUACUUUAGACAUGCGUGUAUUUCUAUGGCAGCUUUAAUACAUACACAUAAGAAGCUACUAUAUUUCCUUUGGGGGUGGUGGGUGGAGAGAGAAACCUGUGCUUUUUUAUAAAAAAUGUUGCCUCCUGCUCCCACUUGAACGGCCAGUUCACUUGUAGUCGACUUAACAUGACAGCUGCCUUUGGGGAAGUGACUUUAGAGUAGCCCUCCUGGGCAUUUUGCAAUAAAAGGGGCUUUGUGCAGGAAUUCCAAGCACAAUGUAAAAUACUUCACAGGCUUUAAACAAUAUGAGUGCUGCUCUCCAGUAACAUUUUAAUUUGAUCUGUUCUAAUUAGCUAAAGUAAGGUGUUAGCUCUCAGAGACUUUUAAGACGACAUCAUGGAAGACAAAGGAGUGUUCAUGAUGAUCACAGUUCUGAACUACUAAUACCUAUUUAGAAUUCACUCUGUAAUCAAAGUUCUUUAAAUUCUAAUAGCAGAGGACUUGAUGAUUAGUCUUUUCGGACUGCUGAUUUUGCCUGUGCUGGUUUUAUUGUUUGCCUUUCUAAAAUGUUGGUAUUCCCUUUCUGGAGCCUUGUACUAAUGUUCUACUACAGUGUCUUUGAGUAGGAGUUGGAUCAACCCCAUCUUCUGCUCACUUUUCUAAGGGAAUCAAGUGGCAUGAAGGCUAGAUUAUAUAUCUGAUGCAAGCACAUAGCACCAACUUGUAUACUUGUAAGCACUGAGCUAUCCACUUUGGCCUUCUGUGUACACAUCUGUGUGUUUUGUUUUUGUUAGCAAUACUAACAAUUCAGCAACUGCUGAACAGUUGCUGAAUUGUUAGUUGCUGAAUUGUUAUUAACUCCUAUUAUUUAGUUAUUCAGUAGUUGCUGAAUUGUUAGUUAUCAACUCUUAUUUAGUUGAUUUCCUAUAAGUUAAUGAAAACUAUAAGCUUCCACUCACAGGAAAUGUAUAAAAUGUGCUUUUCUCAAGACAUUGGAAUGAACAACUCUUGAGUCAGAUUUUGAACAUACUAUUCUCAUCUGGUAACCGAAUUGCUAUUUUUUCUUUUUUCCACUGAUUUUCUUAGACUACACUAGUAUGCCCAGUUUCAUGUGAGUAAGCCCCACUGAACUCAAUGUUUUUGAAGAGCUAUGUUUUGUUUUAAUGGUAUUAAUGUUUUGGAUUUUGCUCUUAAACGUUCAAAGCCCAAAGAUUUCAGGGCGUAAGGGAAAAUGUGUUUCAGAAGGAGAAUAUGUUGGAGAGAAUUGCUUUUUCUUUUUUUUACUCUAAAAGUAGGCUGAAAACAGUCUGACAUAAAUUUGAAGCCAUUUGCUGGUGAAAGAAGCAAAAUGUGAAGGGAUAUAAAAAGCAGAAAAAGAUCUGCUUAAAAUUGGUAUGCAAUGAUAAUUUGGGACAGAAGCUUCAGGUCCUGUCAAAUAAUUCUUUUGGGGAAACGUUCUGGUCAAAACAUAGAAAGUACUUCAAAUGGCAGCCCCUCCCCCCUUCUUAAGUUAAUUGCAUCUUCUACUUUAUUUGUACAGCUAAGAGGAAGAGAAUAUACCAUUUUAUUUCUGCUCAGGGCAUUAGUAUAAGUAACAUGAGCCCCCCAACUGUAGGAUGCGAAAAACUUGCACUUGCUGACAUGCCCAGGGAACCUCUUUUAUAAAAUGUGUAGGUUACUACUCUAUGUGAGUAGAUGUUCACAGCUGUGAACAUAUAUGUAGCAUAUGAAGAGAGAAGCGGCGCUAGGAAGAUAACCAUUACCCAGUUAAGCCUAGUAACAGAAUGUAAGCUUAUGUUGUCCCUUUGAGUUCAUUGAGGCUGAGGUCUGUGAUGUUGCUGCAAAGAUGGCAAAUCACACAGAGUCCAAAUCAUGUGUUUGGACUGGCUUUCACAAAUGUAGGGUGGCAAUAAAACCAUAUGCAAAGGGCAAGAUGAGAAUUUUACUCCAAAGUAAGUUCAAUUCAAGAGACUUGCCUCAAAGUAAAGGUGAUGCUAUCCUGAUCCAGUCCUAAAUCCCUAGGACUUCAGCUUGAUUGUCAAAUGGGCUAUAUUCUUCAAUUUUCCCAUAGGAAGGAUUUGCCAUGUCAGUUUUAUUUUAAAAAGCCAAUAAUUCUGAAUUGAUCGGCAUUAACUUAAUGUUGGUCAGUGUCUUGGAAAAUGUUGCUUAUGUAUAAUUCAAGUUAGGGCCAGUGCCAACCUAGGUAUUACUCUAGAUGCUUGUGUGCUGCUGAAACGAGCAGCUGUGCAUUUAGCUCACCCUUCCCUCUCCAUAGCUUCUUGUAGAACUUGCCUUCUAUGGUGACAUUGUUGUCUGCUUUUUACUGCUUCUGCUCCACAGCCUUGGUUGUUGACUGCAAGGAAAUGCAGAAUGUCACAACAUCAGGACACAAGAUGAGUUCUACUAGCAGUUAGAGGGGAAAACAUAAAUGUAUGGCUGUUGUAUGGUGGCACAUGUUUAGUGGAAUACUUCAGUUGGCCUUAAGUAACAGUAUUGCUUUGUACUUAGAACCCAAACAUUUCAAGCAAAGCCCACCAAAUGUAGCCUACAUUAAUAUGUGCAUGAACUCAUGGUCCUAAAGCAACUGGUCUUGCAUAUAGCAGUUUGCAUUCAUUUAAAAAAUGUAGAGGAAGUACCGUUCAUCUAUCCUAAAAUGUCUUGCAGAUAUUUGCAUCUUGAUGUAACUGCUUUUGCAACCUGUGUUAAAAAUCAGUGCACUGUUUUUUGUACAUCGUGAGUUCUCCAAUAAACUGGGAAUGGAGAAAUUAAGAAUCCAAAGCCUUUCCUGAACUGAUUUACAAUGUGCCUCUAAAGUUAUAGAACAUUUUAAAAAUAACUCUCUGCAUGAUGUACAUAUGGAACAAUGAAAAAUACCUAAACAUCUCAGAGCAUGUUAGGAAGAACAUCAGGGCAAGUAAUAACUUUUUUGUUCCUUGAAAGAAAAGCAACUUUGCCUGACUCAGGUUGCAUCAUUUAUUCAGUAGCUGAAAGAAAUAGUGGGAUGCCUUUUUUGUGAACUGCCUUUUAAAAAAAAAAUGUAGUUGUUUAGCACAUGAAUUCUGUUGUUGAUCAUUCUAUCUUGUCUUCCCUUGUUCCAGUAUUCCACUGAAGGGCCCAGUGUGGUCCUCUUCAGCUUAAAAGUUCUGAAUGACAAAGUGAGUGUCUGUGAACAAAACUCCUGAGUUUACUGCAUAAAAAACCCACUUCUUUUGUCUAGCUGGCUUAACUAUGGGCCUGGUUUUUGUAAACAUAUUACGGACUAGUAGAUGAGUUGUUAAACCUGUGCUUGAAAUGUAUCACUUCAGAGUGCAUAUAUAAGGUUCAAUGUGAUUCAUGUGUUCUACCAUACCAAAAACACACCUCUUCAGAUAGAAAACUAAAAAAAUAAAUAAAGGAGUUAGGUCCUAGUUUCCCCUUCUCCCAGCCAUACAAGUCCUCUGUGCAAGAACUGUUUUUGGGACCAAGCAUUCAACCUCCAAGCCCUCACCUGCUCCCUAAAGUGAUAUAUUAAAGAGAUGUAUGCUUGCUAACUUGUCUUCUAUUUGAGAACCAGGUCAUGAUUUAUACAAGUGUGUUGGAAGAGCUAUGGAAGAGACAAACAUAUAAGAGGCCAAACAGAUACUAGAAUGUAUGUAAAAGAUCACAGAUGCUAAAUAAAAUAAUUUUAUGAAGAAA